AUGGAAGCAUCAGGUAUCCACGAGACAACUUACAACUCAAUCAUGAAGUGCGAUGUCGAUAUCAGAAAAGACUUGUACGGAAACAUCGUCUUGUCUGGUGGAACAUCUAUGUACCCAGGCAUCAACGACAGACUUGAAAAGGAGAUGGUUGCUCUUGCACCACCAACAAUGAAGAUCAAAGUCAUUGCACCACCAGAGAGAAAGUACUCCGUCUGGAUUGGAGGCUCAAUUCUUGCUUCAUUAUCCACAUUCCAGAACAUGUGGAUCACCAAGGAAGAGUACGACGAGUCUGGCCCAGCCAUCGUCCACAGAAAGUGCUUCUAA